AGCUUUAUGACAUAAUUACACAAUUAAAUCCCAAACCUUAUAUAACUGAAUUAUCUUCACAGACCCUGUAUUCAUAACUUCGUUCGGUUGCAACAAGCACUUUUCGACUUCACUGUGGAAGUUAUAAUGAAACAUUCCCUUCGAAUAUACUGCAAAGUCGAUCAUGUAUUAAUGAGAAUCUUUGUAAGCGUCAAUGCUUUAUUUAUAAGCUCAUGAUUAAUAGCAAUGUGUAUGUAUAUAUAUAUGUAUGUAUAUAUAUAUAUAUAUAUGGCAUGACUUUAUUAUUUAUUAGUACACAUUGUGUGACAGUACAGUGAAAUCAGCUACAAUGGCAACAAAUUGAAAUUCCUUUCAAAGACAAAAAUGAAACACUUGGAAGUAAACAGAGUGUUGUGCUGUUUGUUGUCUGGAGUGAUUUUUUUUUUUAGGAGCCACAUUGCAUUUUAAGACACAUUGAAUUGUGACACGUUUAAAGUAUUUCAUUAUUUAGUGACAUGUGUGCACUAGAGUUCACUUCAUUUUGACACAUUAUCUGCAUGUCACUUGAAAAGUAGCGCACCCUUUAUUAAAAUGAUUGUAUAACACAAACAACAGGAGAAACCAUUAAACCCUGGAACUAUACUAAAGUAUUAACUUGGUGAUAUUCAGGGCGUUAUACUGUUGCUGUAAUAAAUUAGAUCAUGAUUCGUUUUGCAGGAGCAUAUAACAGGGAGGGCAGUGUGGGUAUGCAGUGGGUAGCGUUGCCGCCUCACUGCUCCAUGGUCCGCAAUUCGAACCUAGGCUCGGGUUACUGUAUAUAUGGAGUUUCACGUGGUCUCCCCGUGUCCGUGUGGGUUUCCUCUGGGUUCUCCGGUGUUUUCAGUUGAAUUUGGAGAAACCACUUGAAGCAUGCGUUGUGUUGAACAAUUCCGAUUGCUUUUGUUUGAUUUGUUCAUUGCAAACAGCUGAAAGUCUUGUCAAUUUUUACAAUAAACCUGAUGUGCAAUGGUUGAAUAAUUUUGAUUGCAACUAUAAUGCAUAAUCAGAUUUAUUUAUUUAUUUAUUUUUUUACCUAUCAUAAAGCUAAAUAACUCAAAUACAAACAAAUAAUGUCAGCAUGAUUUUAAUUGAUAUGAAACCGUUUGUUUUGUAACCUCUGGGUUCUGUGGGCAAGAAGAAGAAAUUAAAAAAAAGUCAGUAAUUAUGAUAGUACACAUUUGUCUAAUGUGAUUAAUAUUUGAAUGUUUGACGAGUGGACUCCAAAGCCCUAAUUUCGUACGAUCAAACUUUGUCAUGUAAUACCUUUUUACUGCACAGAGAACAAAGAAAUUUCAUUUGCGGAAUCAGAGUCGACUCCAAAAAUCUGCGGAAUCGAUUCCUCAACACCUGAAGUGCACAGGAUUAGGAGUCGACUCCAAACUCUGCAAUUGAACAGAAUCGUAUUUUAAGACCAGCCUCCAGCUGGAGCGUUUCCAGGGCAGCGCGCGUGCAAGUGGGCGGGGUAUUUCGGCCCCGCCCACAUCUCGCGCUCCCUGAAUAAUCCCGCGCUUUCCUCUCAGCUUCCUCAGCAUCUGUGAGUUUAAAGCCUGUGGGAAGGUGGAUGGCACACACACAGGUGGGUCACCUGGCCCUUACACUGGCUUCUCCCUGUGCUUUAACAGUUCUUGAGAAGGAAAGGUAGCAAUAUCUUAAAAAAAAAAAAAAAAAAAAAUCUCAAUAGUCAUAAUGGGAUCCAGCUCUUCGUCCUACGCUCCUAAAACCGUGUACCUGGACGUAGAUGGAAAAGUUCAGAGGGUCAUUUUCAGUCGACACUGCAGUCCAUGUGACAUCAGAGAGUUGCUUUGUACGUCGUCCAACAUCACCAGAAACACGCCUAUUCUUUUAGUAGACGCAGAGGGAGCACUGAUAUCUAUCGACCCCACCAUGCCUACAAACUCGCCUAACAACUUGUAUAAAGUAAUGCCCCAUUCCAGUCAAGGAGGAGAGAAAGAAGACAUGUUCCAGAAUGUUCUCUCCCAAGUGGCGGAGCAGUUCAGUCGGGCUUUCAGAAUAAACGAGCUGAAGACGGAGAUGACCAACAGGCUGGCCAUGCUGGAGAAGAGAGUCGAACUAGAGGGCCUCAAAGUGGUAGAGAUCGAGAAGUGUAAGAACGAUCUGAAGAAACUAAGGGAUGAGGUGACCUCUAGAGGCGGAGCAAGGGUGAACUGCAACUGCAAGUACAAUUUCACAGACGACGGGAAGAAACUUUCUCCCAGACGUGAUGUUCCAAGUUAUCCAAAGUACACGCUUUCCCAGGAGACUAUAGAGACUCUCAAGAAGCCCACCUUUGAUGUAUGGCACUGGGAGCAUAAUGAGAUGUUAAGCUGUCUGGAGUACAUGUAUCAUGAUCUCGGACUCGUGAAGGAGUUUAACAUGAACCCCAUCACCCUUAAGAGAUGGCUGCUGGCGAUCCAGGAAAAUUACCGUGACAACCCGUUCCAUAACUUCCGUCACUGCUUCUGCGUCAGCCAGAUGAUGUACGGAAUGAUCCACUUGUGCAACCUCCAGGAGAAGCUGACUAUGACUGACAUGUGCAUUCUGAUGACGGCAGCAGUGUGCCAUGAUCUCGACCAUCCAGGAUACAAUAACACGUAUCAGAUUAACGCUCGGACAGAGCUGGCUGUGCGCUAUAACGAUAUCUCGCCCCUGGAGAACCACCACUGUGCAGUGGCCUUCCAGAUCCUCGCCAUGCCCGAGUGCAAUAUCUUCGCCAACAUCGAACUCGAGUCCUUCAAACAGAUAAGACAGGCCAUUAUCACUCUUAUUCUAGCCACUGACAUGGCAAGACAUGGCGAGAUACUAGAUUCCUUCAGACAGAAAGUGGACAACUUUGACUUCACCAAUGAGGAGCAUGUCAAAUGUCUGAAGAUGGUCUUGAUCAAGUGUUGCGACAUUUCCAAUGAGGUGAGACCGACCGAGGUGGCCGAGCCGUGGGUGGACUGCCUGCUUGAGGAGUACUUCAUGCAGAGUGACAGAGAAAAGUCGGAAGGUCUUCCUGUCGCUCCUUUUAUGGACCGGGACAAAGUGACCAAGCCAACGGCACAAAUUGGCUUCAUCAAAUUUGUUCUCAUCCCAAUGUUUGAGACAGUCAUGAAGCUUUUCCCUCAGAUCGAAGAGAUCAUGGUGCAGCCGUUGCGAGACUCCCGUGACCACUACGAAGAACUAAAACAGAUUGAUGAUGCCAUGUCACAAGCCCAGAAGAAGAAAACAGAGAGCAUGUCAUUAGGAGGAAAGAAGAAAUAGACCCUGCUCCUUUGUCACAAAAAGAGAAGUUCAGCAUCUCAUGGCCGGAUGACGUAGCAUGGAUUUGUGCCCCUUGUGUCCUUUUUCUGAGAUGGAGUGGGGUUCUCCUGCCCAAGCCUUGCAAGCCUUGAACGCCCGUUCUGAGAGGACAGAUUUCUCCAUAUCAGAUAGAUAUAGUAAGACACCAUAUGUGAGAGGAGCCUUAAGAGGACAAUGAAUCGUUAGCGUUUCAAGAUUUUACAGCACAUUUUAUAAGGUAAGGUUGAGAACAUAUAGCGGGAGCAGAAAUUCAUUCACUUGUUUGAGGACGUAACAGCUGAAACGGUGAUUUCGUGGUGUUGUGAUAAAGGAAGAAUUUUAAGUAGUUUGUAAAAUAAAAAAUUAAGAAAAAAAAAAGCAAAUGUUGAAGUAUUAGCCAGCUGGCAUUUAUAUUUAUUUGUCUGAUAUUUAUAAAGGGAAAAGUUCACCUUUUUUGGAGUGUUGUUUGAUACAUUUGAAAGGUAUUAAAGGGAAACAAUCAAACGGUUUACCGAUCUUUAUAGAUAUUUAUAUACGUUUUUGACCCUCAAGAUGAAGUUGUUGUGUGAGGAAAAACAAGAAAAGUAGGAUGUGAUUUGUGAAGCCACGGUGCAUUCAGACAUCUACAAACACCCAUGAUUUGAGAGAGCGAAAGCUGAACGAGGCGUUUCAGUGUCUGAGCGUAUUUAGGCGUUUCCAAAUCAGUGGCGCACACAACUCAGUAAUUUACAUCAUAUACUUUUGUAGUGUUACUACAACUAAUAUUAUUGACAAGAUGGAAAAUGAGCAUGAGAGUUUAACUGCAAAUUGUGGCUCGAGUUUCACACCCAGGUUUACUUUCUUAAUAACAAGACACAAGUUUGAUUAUACAGAUCUGCCAAAGAAAUGAUCCUUUGAUGGAAAUUUAACAUUUAGCUCAAAGAUACCAUGGAAAACAAAACUCUACGGAUGUGCCUCGUUUUAUACGUACAUACAACCUGUUUUAAGAACUAAUCUCUUUUUAAAUAUGACGACCGAAGCAAAUUGAUUUACGUGAGUUGGGCUUUUAAAAGCUUUUAAACUUAUUUAUUUACUUAACCAGAAUGUCGAAUCCUCAAGGUACUAUAUUACGUUGCUGUUUUUUUGUUGUUGUUGUUGUUGUUUUUUGUUUUUUUGCUAUUAUGUUUAUGUUUCCAGUAUUUUUCAUUUGAAUCGUGUUAUAAGUCUUAAUUUAAAGCUCAACGUGUCAAAGCUCACACCAUGUUAUACAGGUCUGGUUAAUUAUGCAGUGAAUGCAUUGCAAGCUGUAUGAUAUUUACAUAUUUUCCCCAGCGGAGUAUAAAACCACUUGCAAAAUUGUUUUUAAUUUAUUUAUUUAUUUAUUUGACACAAAUUGAGAUAUGUUGGAGCUGAAAGCUCAUCGUCUGAAUUGGUUCUCAGGUAUGUGGCAUUACUUGGCAACACACUGAAAACUUACCUGAUGUUUUGUGUUGUAAUCGGCAGCGUUUUCUAAUGGCUGUGGGUUUUACGUGGGAAAUCAGAGUGGUCGAUUAUUUUACCGUAGCACGUGUAUUACUGUAAACGUGUGUUGAUUAAACGUGCUGGAAGUUUGAGUUGAAAUGUUGGCCAAGUUA